AUGGAUCUGGCGGUCACUGUUGCUGUAUCUGGACCCGGGAGUAUUUUUCUGAUUUUCUUCCUUUUCUAUCCCUAUUCCUCGCCAACACUUCGAAUAACAUCAGGGUUCCUUUUUAUGGAAGAUUGGGAAAUGUCUCUUUUGCAAUUGUUUUCGCGCACGCCACAAAAGAAACCAAGCCUCUACAAAUUACCGCCUGAAAUCCUCCAGCAAAUCGCCCAAGUGCUCCCAACACCAUCCGCAGCCCUAUUUGCUCUGACCAAUAAAUAUCUCUUCCAUGUCGUCGGACGGCAGUAUUUUCGACUGGAAAAGACAGACUGGAUGGUCUUUCUCUCAACUCUCCAACGCGAUGUAGAGCAUUGGGUUCUGUGCUAUUACUGCCAGAUUUUCCAUUACCUGCCACCGGGUCGAGGCCUUUUCUUCGGUACUUUAGCCAGUCCCCGAUGUGCAGACCGGUAUCUACGCACCCGCGUCAAGUGCCUGAAUACUCCCGGACUCACAUUUAUCGACGUCCAACGCAUGUUGAACGAAUAUCGAUAUGGAUUCUCCCAGGGAAUGGAGAUGAGACUGAGCAAUACUGCACGUUUCCAGGCGGAACCCCGUCGAGGAUUUGCGGAUGAAUUCAAAGUCAUUGAUGAUGAGCUCUUCCUCAAGAGGGAUAUGGUGCUAGGCUACAGAUAUGGAGACUCGAGUUCCUGGGACAGAGCCCUUGCGGAUAUUCCUUGCGUGUGCCGCCAUGUUAAUCUCAAUUAUGGAAACACAAAGCCGCUCGAAGCUCCUUCGAAUGCAAAUGACGAAGAAUUAUGCUCGUGGCUGAGAUGUCGUGUAUGUGGCGCAGAGAUGCGUUCCCAGCACACGAAAUUGGGCGACACUGGUCAAUGCGAGAUCCGACUGACGUCUUGGCAUGCGUUUGGGAAGUGCCAAAGUCCGUUUGAAGAGCAAUGGACACGGACGGCCUUGAUCGAGAAGACUUCUUCCGAGGAGCCCAUCUUUCCUAACCAGGCAGUUGUUCACGCACGAUAUGAAAAAGCACCUCCUGCGCAAGAACCUUCAAAUUGGUAUUAUUUCUUGGGCCAUCUCUUAGGUGUGCCUGGGAAUGGGAGAUACCGCCCGGGGUGGGGGUUGCUUCUUCCAUAUCUUGAUGUUGGGCUUGAAGUAUGUCCAUGA